CACAUCCUCCCCCCAGUUCCCCUGCGGAGAUGGCGGCGGCCGUGGCCCGAGCGGUGCAGUUCCUCGCGGCGCGCCGGCGGCCCUGGGGUUUCGCUGAGAGGGCCCUGGCCGGAGGCGCCUCCGCGCGGGCCUUAUGUUUUGGAGGGAACAGAUGGAGAAGCACACAGGCUGCUCCACAAGUUGUUCUGAACGUUCCUGAAACACGAGUCACGCGUUUGGAGAAUGGACUCAGAGUGGCCUCUGAAGACGCUGGGCUCUCGACAUGCACAGUUGGGCUCUGGAUUGAUGCUGGAAGUCGAUAUGAAAAUGAGAAGAAUAAUGGAACAGCUCACUUUCUGGAGCAUAUGGCUUUCAAGGGCACCAAAAAGAGAUCCCAGUUAGAUCUGGAACUUGAGAUUGAAAAUAUGGGUGCUCAUCUCAACGCCUAUACCUCCAGAGAGCAGACUGUGUAUUACGCCAAAGCAUUUUCUAAAGAUUUGCCAAGAGCUGUUGAAAUUCUUGCUGAUAUAAUACAAAAUAGCACAUUGGGAGAAGCAGAGAUUGAACGUGAACGUGGAGUAAUCCUUAGAGAGAUGCAGGAAGUUGAAACCAACUUACAAGAAGUUGUUUUUGAUUAUCUUCAUUCUACAGCUUAUCAAAAUACUGCACUUGGACGGACAAUUUUGGGACCAACUGAAAAUAUCAAAUCUAUAAAUCGUAAGGACUUAGUAGAUUAUAUAACCACGCAUUAUAAGGGGCCAAGAAUAGUACUUGCUGCUGCUGGAGGAGUUUCCCAUGAUGAACUGCUCGAGUUAGCAAAGUUUCAUUUCGGUGACUCUUUGUCCACACACAAAGGAGAAAUACCGGCUUUGCCUCCCUGCAAAUUCACCGGAAGUGAGAUUCGAGUGAGGGAUGACAAGAUGCCUUUGGCGCACCUUGCAGUAGCUGUUGAAGCUGUGGGUUGGGCGCAUCCGGAUACAAUCUGUCUCAUGGUUGCAAACACACUGAUUGGCAACUGGGAUCGCUCUUUUGGAGGAGGAAUGAAUUUAUCCAGCAAGCUGGCCCAGCUCGCCUGUCAUGGUAACCUCUGCCAUAGUUUUCAGUCUUUCAACACUUCCUACACAGAUACAGGCUUAUGGGGGAUCUAUAUAGUUUGUGAACCAGCCACUGUUGCAGACAUGCUACAUGUUGUUCAAAAAGAAUGGAUGCGACUUUGUACAAGUGUCACUGAAAGUGAAGUUGCACGAGCCAGAAAUCUUCUGAAAACAAACAUGUUGUUGCAACUUGAUGGUUCCACUCCAAUUUGUGAAGAUAUUGGUAGGCAAAUGUUAUGCUAUAACAGAAGAAUUCCCAUCCCUGAGCUUGAAGCAAGAAUUGAUGCUGUAAAUGCUAAGACAAUUCAAGAAGUCUGUACCAAAUAUAUUUAUGAUAAGAGUCCAGCCAUUGCUGCUGUUGGUCCCAUCGAGCGACUACCAGAUUUUAACCAGAUUCACAGUAAUAUGUGCUGGCUUCGUGAUUAAAAUGCUCAUCAAAAUAUUUUGAAUAUACAUAUUUUAUAAAACAGAGAUCUGCAAGUUUUAUGCUGUCAAUCCCAAAGGGGAAAAAUAAAAAUGAACAUAUAUACUUGGAAACUGAAAUUCUACAUCAGACUUUCAAAGCAUAAGACCACAGUGAACAGGUAGAUCUUUGUGCUGAGAAAUUAUGUUGAAACAGCACACACUCUGAAAUAUCAUCAUAGGUUAUAAUUUUAAGAAUGAAAAUUUGUACAGUAUUUUCAGUUUUAUUAUAAAAAUGCACACACAACAAAGAUUGUCAUAAGUCAUUUCUUGGCUCUACUUGCAUUCAGCACUUGCUCUUGAGCAGCUUUCUUUGCUUUAACCAUCUCAACAAGUUCCUAGGAAGAAAAAAAGGUGUUAUUUCAGAUGUCAGAAUUUGCAGAUAUUUCUAGUGUUUAUGGUAAAACAUUCAAGUUGGGUAAAUUUAUAAUCAUGACAAAACUGAAAAGGUUGAUUUUAUUGCUAGAGCUUGGAAAGUUUAUACGGUUGGUUAUUUCUUUGUAAUACUGCUACCAUGAUGACUGUGGCAUUGAAAUAAACAAAGGUGUAAGAGCACUAGCAGACUCUGUACAGUAAAAACCUGCCACCUUG